AUUAGAUAUCUGAAUGAAAAUGAUUAGCCCAGAUGAGAAAAGGGUGGCAACAAAAAUUCAUUUUCUCCUGCAAUUUGGUAUAAACAAACUGUAAAUUAGAGGUCAGACCCGCUUAUAUUAUCGCUGGGGAAAACCGAAUACAAAGCUGACAAUGCACAAGCGAGAACUCCCACUUCACAAUGCGCCACCUUGUUUGAACCUUGAGACUUAAAUUAAAGCUCAAACCACCUGAAUUUAAUUAUCCAACAAAACAUCUUUGACAAUCAAAUCUAUCUCACCAAAACAUAAGUUGUUCAAAUUAAGUAUUCUAAUGGACACCAAAUUAUUCCAUUCCAGAUUGUAUGUAGUUCCGUUACCAAAGGAGAAAAACGCUUGUUAUAGCAACUGAAUGAUAUUAUACUUAAGAGCAAACUAAAACUUGUUAAAACGAAAUAUCAUUACUCUCCAAAUGAUCGAAUGCUCACUUCUUUAAGACUAAUAAAAAAGUUUAAAUCAGAUAGCACCCGGGAAAGAUCAUAUUAUCGUUAAUAAAAUGUUAUAAUAUAUCCUUAGAUUGUUAACUGAUGUGUAUUAUAUUAUUUUUGCAUUAAACAAAAGGAAAGGUGGGCUUCACGUAUUAUGUGGUACGAACCAUGACAUGGAAUGGAAGCCGUUGACAAAACAUGCAAUGCAAGCUUAGUUGCUCUCACGUUGAUCAAAUACCUUCUAAAUCUAUCAAUAUUUUCUCAUUAUCCAAACAAAGCUAGGCUUCCUAUAAAUACCAAUCAAAUCAGAAUCACUCACCAUUAAAACUAGAGUUUCCCUUCUCUCUAACAAGCUUUAGUCAGUUCCAACAACCAUCAGAAGAAAUGGCAAGCCACCAAUUCAUAAUCCUCAUCUCAACACUUCUUCUCCUUCCCUUGGCCUUCCCUUCCAUUGCAGCCAGCGAAUAUGUCCCCGCCAAACCGAUGGAGAAGGAAGUCUCCGUUGUAGUGGAAGGAGUGGUCUACUGCCAGAGCUGUGAUCAGUUCGGAAGCUGGUCUUUGACUGGUGCCAAGCCAAUUCCAUCGGCUAAAGUCAGCGUUGUCUGCAAGAACUACAGGGGUCAAGUGAGCUACUACAAGUCUUUUGAAGCUGACAAUGAAGGGUAUUUCUAUGCUCAGCUUGUUGGAUUCCAAACGAGCCAUGAUUUGCUUGAUCAUCCACUCCAAUCGUGCAAAGUCAAACUUGUUUCGUCUCCAGAUGAGAAAUGUAACCUUCUUUCCAAUAUCAACUAUGGAAUGUACGGUGCUCCUCUUCGUUUUGAGGACAAGGUUUUGAGAGGCGGCAAACAUUAUGAGGCUGUGAUAUACGCCGCAGGACCUUUGGCUUUCCGCCCUAAUGAUUGCCCUCCUCCUACCACUCAUUACUGAUAAUUGAACCAUGACUGAAUUCUCUAUUAAUAUCUACAUUCUUUUUCUUUUCUUUUCUUCCUUUUCUGUUUUGUUCAUGUUGACUCAUGUAUCAACAUUUUGUUUCCAUACGACUUUUUGAGAAAUAUAUAAAUAAACUAUGCAGCUGCUAUACCUAUA